AUGAGCGACUCGUUAUCUAAAGCACUGUCUGCGGUGACCGAGGCAUUGUCUAACCCUCCAUCUCCCGUUAAUAUAAAUCUGGGGACUGCCUUUCAGCUGUUGGGGGCAAUGGAUAAGCUUCGUGUGAUGCUCGAGCCACCUAAUUUGGCAGUUCUCAAUCUCAGCCUUGCGCCAUAUGCUUUAAGUGCGACUCGGGUUGCCCAAGGGAUGGGUGUCUUCAAUGCCUUUGUUCGCGCAAAUGGAACGAAAGAUCUGACGCUCGAAGAACUUGACGCUAAGACUAAAGGAGAUAGGCAGCUAUUAUUUCGUAUCAUGCGUCACCUAUGUGCAUGUGAUAUCUUCACCUUGGUAGAGGGCACAAAAUAUCGGCCCUCUCAACUAGCGUUGCAACUAGCGGAUGGCUCGCCCGUCGGUGACUGUGUGAAGCAUUUCUACCUUAACAUGAGAGUCACGAGUUUCUUGAAUGAGUACCUUGAAGAGAGGAACUACGCCAACCCAGUUGACGCAACAGAUACGCCUUUCCAGUACGCCCACCGGACGAAGGAAAACCCCUUCGAGUGGCUUGCCCGCCACCCGGCAGAUCAAGCAGCCUUCAAUUCCGUAAUGACCAUGAAUCGCAAGCUCAUCGAGACAGAGUGGUAUGAGACCUUUCCAGUCGAAGAAAAGCUCCAGGUCUCUGCUGAUAGAACCGUCCUCGUUGACAUCGGCGGUGGCAUUGGCCAUGAUCUCUCUCUGUUAAAACAACAUUUCCCUCAGCUUCCAGGAAAGCUUGUGGUACAGGAUCUCCCCGGUGUUAUUAAAGAUAUCCGAGAGCCCUUACCUGAUGGGGUUGAAGCGGUGGUCUACAAUAUGUUUGACCCGCAGCCUUUGAAAGGUGCCAAGGCAUAUUACCUGCGCACAGUAUUGCACGAUUGGCCUGACAAGCAAGCAAUCGAAGUUCUCAGAAGAAUUCGUGAAGCUAUGGUCGAGGAUUCUAUUUUACUCGUCAAUGAGCUCAAUAUGGCGGGAUCCAAUCCCUCGCGCAUUCAAACUGCAAUCGACCAGGACAUGAUGGAGGCAUUCUCCUCUCUAGAAAGAACAGAAGAGGAGUGGAGAGCUUUGCUCAACAAGGGCGGCUUCGAUGUGGUGAAGGUUUGGAAACCUGCAGUCAAAGGUAUGGUUGAGCUCGCUCUAUAUGAAGCAGUGCCAAAGCCUUGA